AUGUUUCAUUGUACUUGUAAAAAAAAUGAAUAUCUUUUUAAAUAAGGAGAUUAUGCAGAUGCCUUUUUUUUAAUAAAUUCCGGAAAAGUAGCGGUAGAAAUAAACGAAAACGUCAAAAAAACCCUCGAAAAAGGCAAUGGAGUGGGUGAACUUGCACUAUUAUAUAGUGCUCCGAGGUCUGCUAGUAUUAAAUGUUUGACUGAUAUGGAGUUCUGGGGUAUUUAGAGAUAGGAAUUUAAAAUUUUAAUGGAAGAAAUCAUUAAAAAAGAGUUCUAAGCGACCAGAAAAUUCAUGGAAUAGGCUCAGUUUUUUUCUUAAAUGUCUGAGAGUUAAAAAGAUGCAAUUGCUUAAGCUGUUAUUCCUCAAAAAUUCAAAAAAGAUGAAAUUAUAGUAACAGAAGGAGAACCUUCAAACUCUUUUUUUUUAAUUAAAGAAGGGUUUGUAUCUAUUUGGAAAGGAAAAACAAAAUUAGGAGAUUUAAAUAAAGGAGACUCUUUUGGAGAACAAAGUCUUUAUGUAAAAAAUGCUGUUAUAUAGGCUACAGUGAGAACCGAAGAUGAUAGAAAUGUCCUUUUUGAAUAAGGAGAUUUUUGUGAUUGCAUUUUUGCAGUUUUAGAAGGAAGAAUAUGUACCGAAAACGGUAGGUGUUUAGCUGAAUAAAGAUAGAUUUUUGGAGAGUAGUUUUUAUAAGAUGAUAAUAUUAAAUUUUAAGAGAGGAUUUUGGUUUGGGAAGAUUCUAUUUUGGCAGUUAUUUCUUUUAAGCUUUUUUAUAAAAUUAUUGGGGGAAGUUUUAAUAAUGUAGUUUAGAAAAAUUUAAAAUCUCACGAAGUUUAAAUGAAAAAGCUUUUGGCUAAUAAUCCUAUUUUAUCUACUGAUAAAAAAGAAAUAUGGGAUCGAGUUAUUUGA